AUGUGUAGCUCCGAUGUAUUCCUGGCCAUCUUGGCCGUUUUCUUCCCACCUAUUGCCGUUUGGAUCAAGGCGGGGAUCUGCACUGCUGACUCCAUUAUUAACAUCACCCUCUGCUUACUGGGCUUCAUUCCCGGCCUUAUCCACGCGUGGUACAUCAUUCUCAAGUAUCCAGACCCAGAGUACGAAGAUCCCGCCUACGAGCCUAUCCCUGGUGGCUCUGGCCAACGUCAGGAUCUAGAGAACGGCACAGUGACAUACUACUAUGUUUCACACCCGCCACCCCAGCAUUCUUCCCAGCGAUCAUAUGGCACUAACGGCCCACGAGUCCAAGAACCUACUCAAAAUACUCAGAACACUCAACCCAAGCCUCCCACUCAGCCACAGGCUGGAGGUGCAAGCAGCAGCAGUGGACAAGCCGAAGCACGACCCCCGCCAACAUAUGCUGAGGCUGUGCAGGGCGAUCACAAGAUCCAAUCCCAGGACUAG